GUCACCGAGUUCCACCUUAUCGCACCCGUGAGCAACAGAUCCAGCGUCACACCUUUCUGAACCGCGUAGGAGAUCUCUGCUCUUCCGCCAUAACCGCGUUCUACCUUCUCAGACUCUUAUUGCUUUUUUUAGAAGCACUCUACCGCGGCCUACCGUUCCUAGGCACCUUCCGCCAGUUUCAGCCUGACUGCACCGCAUCACAACCUCCUAACCGUCACAGCCAUGGCGCUUCAGGGACAUGAUAUCAAUGACGAGCUUCAGCUUCACUCCGCUAACGGCACGCUUCAGCUACACGUCUCUAACGACGCCACUAACGACGCGCUUCAGCCGCACGUGGCCAACGUCGACGGCGGCCUAACCCUAGCACAGGCUCCUGUGCCUAAAGCCGAAAAAUCCAAAGUCCUAAAUGGAGCAGCAGCGGAGCGCUACAAGCUUCCCAUGGUCGUCAAUUCCCUACCGUCCGAUCAAUCGACCGACUCCGUACCGGGUAAGCGGCGGCCGAAUCUUGUCACCGGGCUUCACGGCGUGAAGGUCCUCUACGGCCGGUUCCAGAGCUCCAUCGAUUUCGACGGCCAGCGACACACGCUGGGAACAUGGGAUGACCCUAUGGAAGCGGCCAAGGGGUACGCGGCCGCGGCGUAUAUGAUUGUCCACUUGGGCGUUCGCGCGGUGUCGGCGAUUCUGACGGAUGAGGAGCAGGCGUGCCUGAAACGGAUGUCGCACGACGAUUUUAUCACGAUCUUGAAGUUCCCCGGCGCGUGGAAGCAGUGGCAGCGGUGGGAGGAGCUGAUGCCGCGGUGGCGCGCGCACUACGACAACCUGGCGCGCAAGCACGGGGAGAUGGACACCGUGCGCAUAGGGCGGAAGAAGCGCAAGACGAAGGCGCUGUUGGAGUCCGCUCCGCACGUAGGGAAGUUCACAGCAGCGGCGGCAAUGAACGGCCUGCAGACUCCGAUGUUUGCGUUGGACCCCGGCAUGCAUGUGGGGGGUGUUGUGGAGCAGGGGGGGGGAGGGGAGGCGGUUGGUGUUGGGGGUAUCGGAGGGGUAGGAUGCAUUGAAGGGGUGGGAGGGAUGGGGGGUGUUGGGGAACCAGGAGUGCUGGAGAAUGGGUAUGGUGGAGGGGAAGGGGAGGAGGAGACGGGUAGCAGCAUUGAGGGUGGCCAAGCUUCAAGGAAGAGGGCGAGAGGAAGGCAUGUGUGAGAAGAGGUAAAUGGGGGGAAGAGGCACGACGAGGUAAAUGGGGGGAAUUGUGGGACAUGCCAUGCCAUCGAGAUUGGCAAGUGAAAUAGACGGGAUAUAUGGUUGUUGGAAUUGCUGGUGGUUCGUCCAAGCUUGCUAGAUAGGAAGAUUGUUAUGCUUUAGCUUAUGGAAUAGGAGGGCGGUUCCGUCAAACCUUAUUUUCUAAUUAAUAAAUGUGAGCUGUUUUG